AUGGACAUUUCGUAUGACCGCCGCGGCGAAUACAGCCCCGCAAACGUGGGAGCGACCAACACCGAAACCAUUGAAAUGGCCGAACCGAGUCCAUCAUACACUACAGGCUCUAGGACGGGCCGGGAAAGCAGCCUGUACCCGGACGGCCCACGUCAUACGCGUGAUCACUCCACAAACCCGCUGAUGAAAACAGCAAGCGAGACUUCGAGCACAGUCAAUGAAGAAGAGCCCGAUUUACCACUCGGCAAAGCCAUCCGCCAGUACCCCAAGGUGGUUGCAUACGCUUUGUCACUGACAAUCAUUGUCAUCGGAUGGGGUUACGCCUUGGUAAUCGUCGGCACCAUCGUUGCUGUUGAGCCUUUCCAACAUGACUACGGCGAGAUCUUCGAGGACGAAUGGAUUAUUCCAUCUCUUUGGAUCUCUCUAUGGUCUGCAGCUAUUCCACUAGGCAUGGCGUUUGGUUCCGUUUUCGCUGGUUGGUUCCAGGACAGAGUCGGUCGUCGAGUCAGUUUACGGACGGGCAGCAUCAUCUGCGCUGUAGGUGUUGCCGGCAUCUUCUUCUCCUAUCUACCCGCCAACAUCAACGCCAUGCGAUCCAUGUUCUUCGUCGGCAAGCUCGUCCAAGGCCUGGCGAUCGGUAUCCUGAAAGUCACGGCAAUGACUUACAUUUCUGAAACGGCGCCGACCGCGUUGCGUGCAUCUGCUAUGGGGCUCGUACCCACCGGCAACCUCGUCGGUCAACUGCUGGGGUCUAUCGUCCUCUUUGUCUUGAAUAAGUACCCUGGGCGCUCCGGCUAUCUCGCCUCCUUUGGAUCACAGUGGACCUUGGCUCUUGUUCCAUUCAUCCUCUCCAUCAUUCUCCCUGAGAGCCCAGCGUUCCUGGAAGAGAAAGGGCUCUCAGACCAAGCAAUGGAGUCUGCGCGAAAGCUCUACGCCCCUCGAGCCGACGCUUUGAAAGCCUUGAAGAAGAUCAGAGCCAGCAUCGAGGAGGAGAAGGAAGUGUCUGUAGGCGCUACAUACCUUACGUGCUUCCAAGGAACCCAUCUUCGCCGCACCAUGAUCGUGUUUAUGGCCAAUCUGUUCCCCGCGAUGUUUGGCCUUGACCUCAUCGCCAAGUCAAGCUAUUUUCUCCAGACCAUCGGCAUGGCGUCUGGUACCAGUUUGAUGAUACUCAUCGGUGGCAUCGUCGCUGGCACCUUUGCCAAUCUCGCUGGCAUGUGGGUCCUAUCCCGCGUGGGCCGGAGGAAAAUCACCCUCGUUUCACUGAUCGUGGCCAACAUCCUGUGGGUUGGGGUUAGUAUCUCGGGGUUCUGGAGGGGGCCAGUCGUCGCUUAUUUCACUGCUGGUGGAUGUAUUGCCAUCAUCGUGGUUUGCGGCAUGGGCGUGUGGCCUGCGGGCUACGCCGUCGUGGGCGAGACCAGCUCCUUGAGACUUCGCGCCAAGACACAAGGUUUGGGUGGAGUGGUCCAACAGGCUUCUUCGGUUGUCUUGAGUAUCAUUCUCCCGUAUCUGUUCAACAAAGACGCCGGUAAUUUGGGUGCCAAGACGGGAUGUUUGUACGUGGGGUUGUGUGCUAUCGCGGUCGUGCUCUGCUUUUUCUUCCUUCCGGAAAUGAAAGGGCGAAGUGUGAUCGAAAUUGAUCGCAUGUUCGAUUUGAAGCUACCAGCCCGCGAGUUCAAGAGUUGGAGAGCGGACGAGGAGGCGAGGUGA